AUUAAAUUAUAUUGAAUAAAUGGACACACCUAUAGGGAAAGAUCUAACGAAUUCAGUAAUAGGAAAAGUUUAUAAAUUGAUUAAGAGAAUAGGAAGUGGAGCUUUUGGAGAAAUCUAUUAAGUAACAAAAGGAAAAGAGGAUUAUGCAAUGAAAUUAGAAAGGAGUGAUACUAAACAUCCUUAAUUAUUUUUUGAAGCCAAGUUAUAUAGUUAUUUAUAAGGAUCUGAUAGUAGUGAUAAAGGUAUUUCAAAUAUUAAUUAAAAGUUAGGAAUCCCUAGAAUAUAUGGUUAAGGGACAGAUGGUGAUUAUAAUUACAUUGUAAUAGAUUUAUUAGGUUAAAGUCUUGAAGAACUAUUAAAUAAACAUAAUAAAAGAUUAUCUCUAAAGACUGUAAAUAACUUUAAUUUACUUUUAGGUAUUGAUGCUUGGUGAUUAGAUGAUUUAAAGAAUUGAAUAUAUUCAUUUAAACAAAUUUAUCCAUAGAGAUAUUAAACCAGAUAAUUUUCUUAUUGGAUUAGGUUAAAAAGCAGUUAGAAUCUAUCUAUUAGAUUUUGGAUUAGCCAAACGUUAUUAAACAAAAGAAGGACAUAUACUAUAUAAGGAAGGAAAAAGUCUUACUGGAACUGCUAGAUAUGCAUCUAUCAAUACUCAUUUAGGAAUUGAAUAAUCUAGAAGGGAUGAUCUCGAAUCUCUUGGUUAUGUCUUAAUGUAUUUAUUAAGAGGAUAACUUCCAUGGUAAAACAUGAAAGCAAACAAUUAGAAAGACAAAUAUUCAAAAAUUAUGGAAAAAAAAUUAGAAACUUCAUCUGAUGUUUUAUGUAAAGGAUUUCCUAUUGAAAUGAGUCAAUAUUUAAAUUAUUGUAAACAUUUAAAAUUUGAAGAAAAACCUGAUUAUCAAUACCUUAGAGGUUUGUUUAAAGUAUGUUUCUCAGAAUGCAUUUUAGGAUGCAUUUAAAAAGAUUGGUUUUGAACUUGAUUACAAAUAUGAUUGGAUUAAAGAUGACAAUCUUAUAAGAACUUAGUAAGAUCUAAUGAGUGCCGAAAAACAACUGUAACAUUAAUAAUUAAUUAUGACAUAACCAUUGUAAUAAUAACCUCCCAUAUUACCAAAAGGAUCUUUGAAUGCAAUUGAUUCAGAGAAAAAGUUAUCAUUUAUAAAUAAUUAAUUACAGACUUAAUAAUUGAUGGGAUAAAGAAAAACAUUAUAACAAAAUUAAAUUAAUAAAACUUAAUCAGUAGAAAAGAAAAGAACUAAUCUUUAAAAUAGAUAACAUAUUACCUAAAAGGAAAUAGUUAAGCCAGAUAUAUAAAUAUUGGCACCAAAAAUAGUAACUACUAAAGAACCUCAUAGAAAGUAUUGA